AUGGCUUCCUUGUCUCUGGAGUCCACAGAACAAUCCGACAAUAGCGCAGAGGAGCCCACCGCCGCGGAGGACGAGAAAGACGCGGAGCAAGUGGCCGAACGCUUGCUUCAAACUUUCCAGCUCUCCGCGGUGAGUUUUUCCACGGAGCAGGUUUCGUGUCUGUGCGAGGCCCUCCUGCAGGCGGGCAAUGUGGAUCGCCUGUGGAGAUUCCUCUCUACCAUCCAUCCCUCGUCCGAGCUGCUACGUGGCAACGAGACCCUGCUCAAGGCCCAGGCUCUGGUGGCGUUCCACAGGGAACGCUUUAAGGAGCUAUACGCGUUGCUGGAGAGCCACGACUUCCAGCCGUCCAACCACGUCUUCCUGCAGGACCUCUACCUGAGAGCCCGCUACAAGGAGGCAGAGCGGUCCCGCGGCCGCAGCCUAGGCGCCGUGGACAAGUACCGACUCAGGAAAAAGUUUCCACUGCCAAAGACCAUCUGGGACGGCGAAGAGACGGUCUACUGCUUCAAGGAGAAGUCUCGCAACGCCCUGAAGGAGUGCUACAAAAGCAACAGGUAUCCCACUCCGGACGAGAAGAAGAACCUGGCCAAAGUCACCGGGUUGUCCCUGACGCAGGUCAGCAAUUGGUUCAAGAACCGGCGGCAGAGGGACAGAACCCCGCCUGGGACGCACUGCAAGAGUGAGUCAGAUGGAAACCACAGCAGUGAGGAUGAGGCAAGCGCUAUGGAUGAAACCCCAGACAAAGCGGAGGAGCCCGCCGCCGCCGCCAAGGCCUCAGUCAUCUCGCUCUCAGCGGUCAACUGCACCUCGGCAGGCCAGCUGAUCGUCAACGGCUCUGCCGGCUUCCUCACAGCUUCCCAACCGAUACUGUUCAAUGGAAAUUCCCUCAUCUCCGGUACCGGCGCUGGUGUCAUCAUCAACGGGCUGAGCUUGGGAGAUGGCCAGAAAGUCACCCUGAGUCAAGUAGCCAGCUCCCCUUUGAUAGUAAACGGGGCUCAGGUUCUAGCCAAACCAGAUGGUCCGCAGCAAGCGGUGUCCUUGGUAGAUCAGCAGGUUUUGCCCCUGGUCACCAAAGCAAACAGUCUUCCAGCAGUUGUCCUUAACAGUAACGCUUCACCGCUCUCCAACCCAACAUCAGUCAUCACUCUUCCCGCGCAAUCCAAGAGUCAAAGUAGCAAUACGAUGGAUUUUAUCGCCGUGCCAGAAGACAUGAUAAAACAAGAAAGUAGUGAGCCAACUUGCUCCUCUUCGUCGCCUUCACCGCCAACCAGCCUUCCUUCGCUGGUUCUUGCACAAACCCCCCAGUGCCAGGAGGCCUUGCCCAUCACUAGCUCUGCCUUGCCCCUCUCAAGUCAGCAAGGUGAAUAUAUCGUCUUCGCCAGUUCAGCCUCUCAGAUGAACCCUUCGAGCUCACUGGUCAACUCCAGUAACUCAACCCCUCAGCUGUUCUCCUUGCCCCAGGUUGUGCCUUCCAUUCAGGGCAUACCGGUAUCCCAGUUGGUUCAGCACUCCUCCAUAGCACAGAUGCCCCAACGUCCUCAGCUAGUCCCAGUUUCCUCUCUCACUUCCCCAGCAAUCAACUUCCAAGGCCUUCCCACAAUGACCAGGCAGCUGGAUGCUUCUACACCCUUAGCUGACGGUUCCACAACCAUCGUGUCAAUCUCACAGGUACCUAGUACUCCUCUCCCACAAGUGACCCGGCAACUGGGGGCCCAAACCAUCAACUCCUCCCCCACGAAACUCCAGGCACCACAGGUCAUUUCUAUCUCCUCCCCAACACAAGUGGUUCCAGUACCGCAGGGAAAAUCCACUGCACCAGCCAAGUUAGUCCCCCUAUCCGUCCCCCAGCUGGUGCCGGUCUCAUCCAUCCAGACAUCUUCCACCAUCUCGUUCCCCCAGGUGGUUCCUGCCAGUCCCUCUCUGUCCAUGCCCUCAGCCGGAGUGCCUAUGCAGAUCCUGGCUUCAGCGCCGGGUGGAAUCAAUCAAACUCCUCUCAGGCUAAACCAACUGAGACCGAUUCAGAGUGUGGGCCCACCAACCAACGUGAAUCCUGGUGUGCAUCUGCUCAAUUCUGGGAUCAUUCAGCUACCUUCUGCACCUCAAGGUAACCUUCUUCUGAGUGGAAGCCCUUACUUGAGUGUCCAGCAAGGGAAGCUGAUCCUGACCAUUCCGGCUGGCUUUCAACUUACUAGUUUGCCUUUGAAACCAGUUCCUGAGCCUUCCCCCCAUCCAGCCAAUGGUAUGAACCUUGGUCUAACAGCAUCAAACAUCCCUGUAACGUCCCAGCUUUCAAGCACCCCGGAUCAGCCCACCAACAUCCUCGCAACGUCUCCUCUGAACUUCCUCAAUCCGCCCAUCCCGUACUACACCACAGAGACUGGAAGUGCAGCCACCCAGACGUCCACCGUUUCCUCUUCGACCACGCUAGACCCAUCAGUCGGCCCUACCGCGCCAAAUGCUCUCUCGCCGGAAAGCAUGCUUACCCUCAGUCCCAUGUACGGAGGGGGGGUGACGACUAACAUGCAGUUGUCCCAGCCGGCCUGGAGCCCGCUACCUCUUUCUGCCUCAACCGGUCUGACUCUCUUUGAUGGACGAGGGAAGGGGGACCUAGCUGUUGAUCCAGCUCUGUUGGGUCUACCGGGCGGGGAGGCGCUGCUUCUGGGGAGCACGUCUCCGGAGCAGGACACCAGCUCCCCACUAGGGCAUACCGAAGAGAUGGACGGGGAGACCAAGAUUCUGACUCAGCUUCAGUCGGUCCCUGUGGAUGAUGAUCUGGGCUUGUAGACAUGUUUACCUACCACGUCUGAGAAAAAACAAUCAAAUGGUGCCUUGUUAGUUUAUCUGGACCUGUUCACUCUUGUACAACCAUCGCAGCCUCAGCUGGCACCUCAGCUUUAAUGGACAACAUGGGACAUCCAUCCAUCCAUCCAUCCAUCCAUCCAUCCAUCCAUCAGUUUUCUACCGCUUAGCCUUUUCUCGAAACUCGGUCCCAGAUGACUUUGACCACACCCUGGAUUGACCACCAAUCACUGAGUGGGCACCUAAAGACAAUCAUUCACACUUGUAUGCUUCGCCUACAGUCGGCGAGUGAGCUUGAAAGCAAUCCAACACCAGCUCCACCAAAAUCGACAUCCUACUAUUGAGAGAAAAUGGUCGAGUUUCAAGAGUAGUGGUGCUUUUCAAAGUGUGAGCUAGUGGUAUGUCAACCGACACUAGGCAUGCGGCUUCCUUAGGCCACAAAACAACCUACAGGAUAUUUUGUACGGGAUUCUAGUUCACAUUCAUUUCUGUAUCAUUUUAACAAAUCAAAUAUUUGCAAGGACGUCUUGCAAUUUCAAGGAAAAUCAUUUCUCUAACUGACAUUUGAAAAUUUAGCAUAUGGAUACCUCAAUGAUUGUCCGUCUCAACCUUGUUAGGCAGCUUUUCCGGGUCAUAUUUUCAGGAGUAUUCUUGUCCAUUUUAAGAACGCAAAUAAGAGAUUUCCAAAUACUUUAUAUAUAUUUUUAGAUUUCUCAAGCUGCUGCGCCUUCCACAGAGUUUUUUUGCCAUCUCACACUUUGAAUAGCUCUGUUAAAGCAAACUGCAUCCAGAUUGAAUUAAUGGCCGUUGUGCAAGGAGUGAGUCCGACCGCAUUUGUUCUUGCAGCUGGUUUCGCUACACUUGCACUGUGGUGGAUGUGUGUGGCGUUUUGUUGGCAGUGCAGUCGUCGGUCAUAGUUUUGGAGGGAACACAGUCAACUAUUCAGCAGACCAUCUGGGAAGGGCACAGGUCUUGAAAUAGUUGGGUGUUGGCUGACUUAUCCAAAAAUGCAUUUUUGUUUUUAUUGUUUAUAAUGUACUAGCAAGGAGUCCAGAUUUUUAUGUGACACAAUAUGUAUGUUUGUAAAGCUUCCAGGGACAUCCAGUUGUAUUUUAUGAGCUGUAUUUACCACUUGAAUAACACGACUGCCCUUUUUUUUAACAUCAACUAUGCAAUUUUUAUACUUCUAGGACACUAAAGUGUCUCAAGUUGGUAAAAAGUUAGGAGCGCAACGAAAGCUUUACCUUUCUCCGGAUGCUGCGUGACACUAAAACACAAGUGCCUUAUAUUAAAGCUUAUACGUUUUGAAUCAAAUGUUUUUAGAUGUCUGCAACCAAACGAGACUCGCGUUGGAAUAGUCGUUCGUCUGCGUGGUUUUCAUUUUCCGGUUAAAAAAAAUACGUUUUGUUUUUGUAUAUUUUGCACAUUGCAUUCAGACAAUGUUUACGUCGUUGCUACAACAGUGUUUGGACACAAGACCUUAAAAUUGUGGGAAAAAAAUCCAUAAUUCAAGUCGGAAAUGGUCUUGUGGACCUUCCACUGUCAGCGGUGAAACAUUUUGCCCAUUAAUGGUACACACACACACUCUUUAAAGUCUGUCGUUACAUUAUGGCUAUUUUUGUGGCAACGUACAAUGGCCAUAAAAAGUCUACACACCCCUGUUCAAAUGUGUUUUUUGUGAUUCAUUCUGAAAAUCAAUGUGACCUACACAACACCAUUUUUAAAAAAUCUUUUCAAAAAGGGGUAAAUAGAAAUAACUGUGAUGUGGUUGUAAAAGUAUGCACACCCUCUUAACAGGUGUGUUUUGAAAUAACCAAUCGCAUUUACGUUCUUGUUAGAUUGGAUUAACCACAAAUUUCUGAUGUUCUAUGAUUUCCCCAACACCCCCAGAGUAUUAUUAUUAUUAAGGUCGAUGAAAACAGGCCACGUUAAUAGUGUUAAAAUGUUAAUGAUGCAAAACGGGCAUUUCAGCAGGGGUGUGUAGACUUUCUAUACAAGACUGUUUUGUUUGUACAUUUAAACCAAAACUCAUUUUGUCCAUUGGUCUUUCACGUUUUAUUUGAAGAAAAAAGAAAAUGACAUUCAUUUUCAUCAGUUGUUCAAAUAAAUGUUUGACGUGGUCGCAUCAGAUGGACAGAUCAUUUGUAUUAAGCAUUUAAAUAACAGAGGGAUAAAGGGAAAUAUGAAUUUGUAUGUCAAAUAUGUUUUGUCUGGUGCAUGAGCCAUCUCUAACCAAAAUCACAUCAAUACAACAAGCCUGUUUGGGCAAAUGCACAAUUGUAUGUUUGGGAGUUUUAGCUUUCCUACCUGACACACACACAAAGAACUCCAGCAUUCACCAAAGAUAAUGUAUUGACUAUUUGAUAGUGUUUGAAAAGGGCUCACUUGUUUUGUUUUCUCCUCUUUUGUAUUAAAUGCAUUCUAUUUUUUAUAUUACACGCCGAUGUAAUAAAGUACAUUUAUAUGA